GAAAGAGUCAUGAAAUCUUCCAUAACUUGUUUUCUAUACUUAUUGUUUAUUGUAGUUUAUUAUAUUUCUAAAUGUCAUUCCAUAGUUCCUAAGGCUUACAAACAUCAUAAGACAGGAAUUUAUCAUAAUCUUGUUGAAGUGUUGACGUACGAUCAUUCAUACAAAAAAUGUUAUAUUUUAACGGAAGCAUUAAAACGUUUUGAAGAACGUCUCACAAUAAUAAAACAAUAUCCUAAAGUUCCUAUUUGUUUACCAAAUUCUACAAUCGAUACCAUCAAAUUAUCAAUCACUAGGGGAUGUAACGAGUCAAAUGGUGAAUUAUGGCCUUCUGAAUCAAUCAAUGAGACGUAUUCACUCUUUAUUUUCAGUAAGAGAAUAAUCUUAAAAUCCGAAGAAAUCUGGGGAAUAUUACAUGGAUUAGAAACAAUACUUCAGUUAAUUUACAGAAGUCCACUAGAGAGAAACAUGAUUGAAGGUGGUCUAAUUUGGGAUGAACCAUCAUUUCCCCAUAGAGGAUUUUUAAUCGAUACAUCUAGACAUUAUUUAUCAUUGAAGGAGAUUGAGAAAUUCCUUGAUUCAAUGUCAAUGGUGAAAAUGAAUGUACUUCAUUGGCAUAUUGUGGACGAUCAAUCUUUUCCCUAUGUAUCUGAAACGUUUCCGAAACUUUCUUCAAAAGGAGCAUUUCACCCGUAUCUUUUAAUCUAUACACCGAACGAUGUGAAAUAUUUAUUAAAUUAUGCUCGUUUACGAGGAAUAAGAAUAAUGCCGGAAUUUGAUACACCAGGUCAUGCAAAUUCUUGGGGGAAAGGGUAUCCAGAGAUUUUAACCAAAUGUUACAUUAAGGGUGAACCGGAUGGUACUUUGGGUCCAAUCAAUCCAAUCAAUAAUAUCUCUUAUAACUUUGUGUCACAAUUAUACAAAGAAUUAUUUAGUGUAUUUCCUGAUAACUGGUUUCAUUUAGGUGGGGAUGAAGUUGAAUAUAAUUGCUGGCGUUCCAAUCCUUCAAUUAUUGAAUUUAUGAAAAAAAUGAAAUUUGAUGAUGAUUAUCACCGCCUGGAAGGCUACUACAUAAAUAAUUUAAUCCAAAUUAUCAAUGAUGUCAAACCACCUGAACGAAAUAUUACUCCAAUUGUGUGGCAAGAAAUAUUUGAAAAUGGAUUUAGAGGCGAUAAAUCAACAAUAAUUCAUGUGUGGAAAGACUUAUUUUGGGAAUCUGUGGUGAAAAAUGUUACUAAAGCAGGCUAUAGAGUACUAUUCUCAGCUGAUUGGUACCUGAAUUACAUUUCUUAUGGUGAUGACUGGAGGUACCACUAUCGUGUUGAUCCGAGAGAUUUCGGAGGUAGUAAGGAUGAUGCGAAAUUGGUUAUUGGAGGUGAAGCAGCUAUGUGGGGUGAAUAUGUGGAUGACACGAAUUUGUUUAGUCGAUCAUGGUUAGUAAAUAAGUACAUAUUGCAUAAUUAAGCUAAUGAAUUUGUGUUGAUUGUUCAGAGUGGAGUUAGUUCUUACCAGUGAGAAAUAUCAACUGAAGGAAUAUUGAACAUUGAGAAACACAACACAAGUAUCUAGACUCUCUUUAUAAACCUUAAGUUGUGUUCAUCAACUCUAAGCAAAAGGGGCUCGAAUCAAGAAUAUUCAGAUUUUCUAUCGAGCACCAAUCCAUUAGGUCAACGGCUUAGAUUAACUUUUUAUAUAUGAUUUAUUGGACUUUGUUAAUUAUGUCUUUUAACUAGAAUUCCAAGAAAUUUAUAUGGAAUUAGUCACUAUUAAUCACACAUUUAUGAUUUUUUUAAUGCUUAUUCACUGAUAUUCAGUUUAAUUAAGUGACACUUUAUCAUUCCGGAUGAUACAGAAUGGUUGUAGCGCCACUUCAUGAGCUGAUCAAAGUUGAAAAAUUGGAUUAUUAGAUGUGACUUUAGUGAUCUAAACACAUCGUGCUAGCUGCAAUGUCUAAUUUAUACGAAAAUGUUAAAUCAAUCAAGGCAAUUUGGGUCAAUUAUCCCAAUGAAAUAGAAUAAGUCUCUAGGUAAAAGUACAAGUUGAUAGUAGGAAGACAGAUGAACUGAUAAUAGUAAGAAUAAUAAAAUACAAUAACAAAACUCUUAUCAAUAAUUAAUCGUUGGAAAUAGAAGGUCAAAUAAACAUGGAUAAAUCGACUAGGAAUAGUCAACACCAAAACAUUAACAUCAUUACGUAAUAAGAUGUGGGUAAAUAAUUAGAUAGUGAAGAAUACAAAGAGGCGGAGAAUUACAAACAAAUAAUGGAUGUGAAAAGUACAACAAUCGAUCAUAUCUUUGUUCGCAGAAUUGCAAACUUAGAAUGGAAUCAAGCAAAUGAUGAUGAAGUUAAACACAUGGUAGUAGUCAAAUAUAGAUCCGUUGAUGAGAUUAUGAAUAUUUAGAGACUGUAAUGACCUAAAUAUGUAUUAUGUAAGUCCAACCGCAGCCUAUAUCGAUACCCAGAAGUGGCCCACAAGUCAAGAUAUGAUAUCAUUCCAUGAAGCAAUUGACUGUUAAUUUGAGCCAUAUUGGUAAGCGUAAAUUACACAGUUGGAUCCAUUAUGACAGUCCUAAUCAGUGAAUGAUUAACCUUAGGCGGCGUGACUUAAAAUGUAUGAGAAUGGAGAUGUAUUGACUUUUUGCCAGUUCACAGUUACUUAGUUACAAAAUCAUUACUUACUUUAGAUUUAUUUGUAAACACAUUCUUUCCCGAAUGGUUUUGUACAUCUUAUUUGUUUCACAAUGACUAAUACUACUAUUUCUACUAGUGUAUUCAUCUAAUUAAUUUCAUCUCUCUGUGCUGAUACGGUGCUUCAAUUUAUGCCUAUGGACAUACGUCCCAUGUCCUGGCUUUGCUUACAAACCAGUGACUGAGCCUAAUGGCUUAUUUUUCCAAUGUUGAUCACAACAGUUCCGUCCUAUCAGGCCAACCUAGAAUGGUCAAUACAUGAAUUCUAAAAGUUUUUCUCAACUGAUAUAAAAUAGGAACCUCAUUCACUUUCUCUAUACGAGAGCUAGACAAAUCCGAACCAAAUAUACAAUCUAUGUCGAACAUGAUAAAUUAAUUCAGACACCUAUCAGCAACAUAUAUCUAUCUAAAUUAAUUGGGAAAAAAUUGAGGCCGAAAAAACAACUUGAAAGUAUGCUCAUAACACCAGAGAAAACUACAUUCAAGUACAUUCCGAAAUUCCGAAGCCAGACUUUUGAGAUCUCUGAGAAAAACAUAAUCUUUUUUUUAUUUUUAAGUUUGAUGAAAGAAUAGUUUUAUUAACAAACCUGAAUUAACCGAAUUUUAUCAUUGAAGGUCACUCGUCUCCACUUUGAAUUGUCGGCCACUCCUGGUCACGUGACAUGCACGGCGUUGUCCAUAUCACGGUCAUUGGUCAGGACCUUGAUUGUCGGCGGCCGUUGGUCACGUGUCACGUCCUUGUCCCUCUCAAGGUCAUUGACUUCGAACGGACCAUGUCGACAAACGAUCCCUCACGCCAGAUUCAAACCCAGGUCCUUCAGUUUUCAGGAUAAAUUUGGUUUCCGGUUUCAUAUUGUAGACUGACCAAGUAUUUAGAAAGUAUAUCUCAACUCAUUAAUAGUGAUAUAAGUGGUUUAACCAAUUAAGCAUCACCUCAUUAUAAGAAAGUACAACAAUAAUACAAUAUCAUUCAUUGAUUUGCUUUUUCAGUAAAUAAUACAACUUAUCGAAAUACUUCAGCUGAUCAAGGUUCCGAUAGUAGAACUAUUAAAUCAGCAACAAAAUCAACUGGAAACAAAACAAUUGAUAUCACUGGUCAAAAAUCUGGUUCUACACGUGGUACUUCAGCAAAAAUUGAUUUUAAUCAAGCACAUUGGAAAAUAAGAAUUAUAUGUAAAAAAAAUUUCAAAUGACAUUAAAUUCAUUAAUAUGGAUGAUAAAAUAUUAGAAGUUAAAGCUUUAGAAAGAGCUUGUGAAGAAAUGGAACCUGGUUGAGCGAUGAGAGCUGAAAUAUCAAGAGCUCGUUAUCUUGAAGAAUAUGGUUUAAUGAAUAAAUUGGAUAACAAGACUAAUGUAGAUGAUUCAGGAUCAAUGAUUACCAUUACAUCUGAUGUUCGAAACUGACGAAGUACACUAUAAAUAUUACGAAAUGUGUAUGAAUGAUAGAAAUAAUAUAAUAAAACAAUAUAAAAAUAAUAAAGAAACAUCAUGUAAUCAAACAAUGAUUGAACAUAGUGAUAAUACAGAACCAAUUCUAAAUAGAAAUGAAAAUGUAAAAAAAUAGCAAAAGAAUUAAAACAUCAAGAAGUUCCAAAAGUCGAUCGAAUUCAAAUCAACGAAGAAAAUGAGGGAAAAAAUAAAUUAACUGUUUGUUUUACUCUCUUGUUUGUUCUACCUCUCUCCCCCGUCAUCGUCGCCAUGGAAUCCUGG